UAGAGGAAACUGCUGCUGACCGUUAGUAAUGGCGAUGGGCGACAGUUUACCAGUCAGCGGUUAACUGGUUAACUGGGCCAAGGAGUGAUAUGAAUUCUUCUCCGAAGAGGAAUAAAGAGCUGAGAGUACUGAUGAGCAGCACGCCGCAGAAAACAAAGUGAGCCACCGACAGGUUUGUAAUUAUGGUUUGAAAAGGUCGGAGCCAGACUGUCCACAGGGCACAGCGUGGGAACAAAGCAGAGCCAGGAGACAAAGGGCUUCCCAGUCUUCUGUCAUCAGUUACAUAACAGACAGAGAGGAAAGUUCCUCUUUCUGUCUGCCUCCAGAGGAUCUGUUUGGACUCCUGGUCUGCCUGUCCUCAUCUGUCUCGGCCGUCAUCAGAGCUAUUGUUGCUGAAAACCUGCUCAGGCAUUAUAACAUCUCUGGAGCCAGAUAGUGAGCAGGUGAACUGGAGUUAAGGGUCUCUUCUUGUUCUGUAAAAAUAAGUUGUUCUGAAAGCAGACACCAUGUUCAGGUUCUCUGUAAUAGUUGCUGUUUGUCUGAUCGCCUGCAUCACAGCAGAGCCAUAUAAACCUCAAAAUAAAUUUACAGAUGAAGCAUUCCAGAACGUCGUUAUGUCCUUAGAUAAGGAUGGAAAAAUGUCCUGGGGAGUGGAAGUGGAACCCCCAGAGGACCUGGACAAGACUGACUAUGACAUCCACUCUAACAUGAAGAUCUGGAAGAGCAUGACUGGAGGAGGAAAAGUCCAACUGCAGCUGAAGGCAGAGAAAGGCUUGGAUGUGCUGUACCACCCUUCAAUGGCCAAGCUCCUCAAAGUUCAGAUCCAAAACGCGGACCACCUUCCUGCAGCAGAGAACCAGGCAGAGUAUGAGAAGGCAGAGAAGGAUGAAGACAGUGCCAGUCCCCCUGAUUUCAAGGUAGCCCCAGAGGAGGAUUUGGAUGCAGUCUACCACAAAGCGAGGGAGGAGCUGGCUGAAUAUCUGGCCCCACUCAUGGCUGAAUACCAAACUGAUGCAGAGGUACGUCCACUGUAUUCUGAACCAGAGGAAGACAUGGAUGAUGUGUACCACAAAGACCUCCUGCAGCUGGUUCCUUACCAGAAUGAUGCUGUAGCUGUAGCUCUGGCUGAUGUACCAUCUCAGAGGAAGCACAGCAAACCAGAGGAAGACCUGGAUGAUAUUUACCACCAGUAAAGCCUCAGCAACAACCUGUGUAGAUUUUACUAAAAUCUGUUUAAUUUAGACGCUUUCUCUGCAACAGGUAAAUAAACACAAGCAUCAAUUGACUCAUUUAACUGUCACUCAAAUAAAUGUUGGUGAUAAAAAAUA